AUGAUAUCUAUUGAGAAAAUCAAUGUUUUGCAGACAGUAGAUCAAGAUAGGUCUGGUAAAAUUACAGCAACUGAAUUACAACAAGCUUUAAUGAAUGGAAACUGGUCAGCUUUUAACCCUGAAACCUGUCGUCUAAUGAUUGGUAUGUUUGAUAGAGACAAGAGUGGAACAAUAGAUAUUCAUGAAUUUGCUGCCUUAUGGAAAUAUAUACAAGAUUGGAAAGCUUGUUUUGAUAGAUAUGACCGAGAUCGAUCAGGCAACAUAGAUGCAGGAGAACUUCACACUGCUCUCAGAGAAUUCGGUUAUCAAUUAUCACCUCAAUUUUGUAAUAUUGUUGUAAUGAAGUUUGAUAGACAAGGGAGAAGAAGUAUCAAUUUUGAUGAUUUUAUCCAAGCUUGUGUUAUGUUAAAAACAUUAACAGAUAAAUUCCGUGCUAAAGAUCAACAAUUAGUUGGAAAUAUCAGAAUUAAUUAUGAGGAGUUUCAAUGUUGA